UACAGGCUUACAGAGAAAUUUCUCAUUUUUAGGUGUAGAAACGCGAAAGGCGUAUUUUCAACUGCGAACUCUAAAGAAAAUAUGUAUGCCUAAUGGAUCCCAAACUUGAGUGCAAUCAACGAAGCGUUGUAUAAUGCAAUGUUGGUAUCAUGUUGUUUAUACUGUACUGGAUGAUACGAAGUUCACGACAUAACCACCAAGAUCGUAUAUCAGGAGGAAAAUUUCCGGCCUUGUUAUUUGUCGCUCUCCUCGUCUCUCUCGCCGCAUAUACAAAUGGAUAUGAAGGGGAGGGGGGUAUCUUACACAGCAACCAUCUACACGCAAAACAAAUUGCGACAAGAAGAGUAAACACACUAUUUAUGAACAAUAUUAAUGUAAAACAAGGUGAAAAAAACUACCAGAAAACGUACGCUGAAUUCACAAAGUUCAGAAAAAGUUUAUCAAGGAAUAAUGCUCAAGAUACCAAGACUUUGGAACUUCUGUUUAGGCACCGGAGACAGCGGCGAGGAACCAGAGAGCUGCCUUUCGAAAUUUCUGAAGGUGAUUCAGGUGUUGCUGGGAAUAGCUUUGCGAACAGAUUCCCCUCUCCGUCUGAAGGUAAUCAGGCUUCGACUUCAACAUUUCCUCCUCGAGAUUUUAUUCGAGAGCCUUUACUACCGCCGGUUGAAUAUCCUUACGGGCCUAAUACCAACAUGAGCGGUACAAUGGACUCUUUUAAUCAUAGCUCUCGAUAUAACUUCUUAUCUAUAUGGAAUAUCUCACGACCUACCGACUUGUCACCGCCCCUUAUACCAGAAGGUGGGGCAGAAAACCGACAGAUUCCAGAGAUGACUAACCAGAAUAAACAAAAUCAGAUUGAAACUUUUUCUCCGAGUGAAUUUAGUUUCGGAUCAUCUGGCAACGGUUGGUCAGAAAAUAUUGGAAUCUCUGAGGGAAACGGAGAUUCUAGUACGCGGUUCCCACCUUGGGCUCCACGCACACAGUACCCACCUCAUUUCACUACUUUGCCUGGAUACCCAAUCACAACGCCCGUACCUGUAACUGAUAACGACGUAUUUACUUAUACCCCACAAAAUAGCACAGAACCAGGAAUUCCUGGACUUUCAUCAGACACUCCCUCGACUCCUAUUCCUGUUACUUCUCCAGACAUCACGACAGCUUCUGCCACCGUGGCAGCAUCAACUGGUGCAGAGGCGACGCCUGCUUUAAAUGAAAAUUACACAACAGCAUUUCACUUCUUAGAAGGGCCCAACAACAACAUCAACAACUACUGCUAUUAUGCCUGAACAAAGUACAACAAAGGCUACGACCAAUCCACCUACUUCAGCAACAACAAUAAAACGACCCAGCACUACACAUGAAAUUAUUGUACAAACCUCAACCGUUCCUUUACAAACUACCAAUCGCACUAUGACCCUGGAGUAUUUAGGAAUAGGUUCAACAACAAAUAUUUCAGAAUCUUACAAUGCUACCACUGAGGUACCGUUCCCCAGUCAUAUUCAUACAGCUAAAAAUGAUGAUGUUCGUUACAAUUGGGACCGGUCAGUGGACAGAACUCGCAAACUGGCCCUUGCCAUUGCGAUCCCUGUUGUCCUGCUAUUGUUCGUGAUAUUAAUAGCCAUAGCCUGGGUUACUGUAUUUGAAGUUCGCUGGAACCAAAGAAGGGUCGACGUAGAGGCUUCGGGUAAUACAAAUCAAACUGGGGGUCGAACGUCAGCAUCAUCUGAAUAUUCCUCCCCUGAAGUUAUUCAUGUUCCAAAACGAAAUGGACACAACACGCCUGAGGCUUGGGCAAAUGGCAUACACCAAGAACGAGUUGUGUCAUAGCGGUUUUAGUAAUUUGGGGAAUUUUAUAGGAGCUUGAGCCUUAAAAUGCUGCCAAACUUCUAGAGUUUAGUUGUUGAUUUCGGCGAGGUAUUAGUGCUGUCUCUGUCCUAUUGUUACCUACAAAUCAAUUUGAGAGAGCAGAACACCGAUUUUAUCAGCACUUCAGCAACGUGAUUGGAACUUUUAUUGUACCUGGUUGUAACCACUGGAAUUCUGCUUUAAUUGCAAUCGCGUUGCUGUCGACUGCAGCCGCUGACAAGAGAGCAUUGAUACCAAUGUGUUUCGCCCUAUGCAACAAAGCACUGUCCAACGUUUAACUUUGUACUUAUAAUCAUGUUUGGCAGUUACAAUUUAGUACUUACUUAGCUUUUUGCUAAAGCCUUAACCGUGUGUCAGAAUCAUUUAUUACUAUUUCUACUUAUCUAAAGUAUAUCGGCAACAUUGAACUCGUGUUAACGUACUUAUCGUUCGUAAAUACAACUGCAGAUAUAUUGUUAAAUUAUACUGACGCAGGAUUAUAUCCACAGCUUGUUGUAGAUCGUACCAUUAACAAAUUUUGUUGACAGCUACAAAGUUAUUCUUUUUUUUAAAGUUUUGCAAGUUUUAUACACAAAAACUUUGUUUAAAAUUUUGUACAUUUCUUUUUUUUAAAACCUACUUAACUUAUUCGUUCCAAUCUGUAGCAAGGAGAUGCCAAAAAAACAUACAAAAAGUCGAUUGACGUACACUAAAAUAAACAAACCAGUUAAAUAUUUAUGUAUAUUUACGAUGUUAUUAAGAUCCUAUUAUUACAUAUUAUUACAGCAAGAACUAUUGCAUUUUAUGUUUCUUUCGUGACACAUAAUAGUCGCUUGUUCUGCAAUAAAGAUAAAAUUCUAAACCUA